AGAACGAGCAGGCUUUGAAUCAGAAACUUGUGUGACUGCUGGGAGUGGAUGCGUGAAGCUGGAGGACUGCGAGACACAGCAGACAUGUUCUGAGCUCUGAAGAUGCUCCAAUGCGGAGCAGAUGGUCUUUAUAUUAACUGCAGAGUCAGGAUUUCUGCACCACGUUUGUCAUCAUUAGAGCGAGUGAGGCCCGCACACUCCACGCUGUGCACAAACUCCUCUGUGGUUUGCUCUGCAGCGACACCCACAUCUCCGCCACCAUGUGUGUCACAGGCUGUGACAAGCAGGAGAGCGUACACUCACAGUUACUAUGGAAACAAGUAAACUAUCCACGGAAGUAGGAGAAAGAAGUGUGUGGACACAAAGGCCGGGCCGAGCGCGCACCUACACAGUGAGUUUGGGAGCUGAAUUUCUUUCUGCGAGCUGAGGAGAGCUGAGGAGCAUCAUCUUUGUUGAAGCACUCUGUGAUGGCACUUGCAACAAGAUCUUUUGCAAGCUGUGCGAAGACGCAGACCAAACUGAGCACCUGGACUCCUCUGAACAACCCACGGGCCAACAGCAAGGUGUUUGAAGAGAGACGAAGCCUUCUAGCAAAGUGGUUUGACAGGUGGUCUGACAGUCAGAGGAAGGCGGUGCUGCAGGACUUGGUGUUGAGCUGUUCGGUGGAGCAGCUCAGGUUCCUGAGCCUCAGUGUGAGCAGACAGCUCCCCCUGCAGGCCGCAGACUUCACCUGCCUGGUCCCCAGAGCCCUCUCCCUGUAUCUCUUCUCCUUCCUGGACCCACGCAGCCUCUGUCGAUGUGCCCAGGUGAGCUGGCAGUGGAAGAGCAUUGUGGAGCUGGACCAGCUGUGGAUGCCCAAAUGUCUGAGGCUCGGCUGGCUCCUCAGCUUCUCCCCGACACCAUUCGAACAGGGCGUCUGGAAGAGACACUACAUCCAGACAGUCCAGGAGCUGCGGCUGAGCCUCCUGCAGAGUGCUUCAUCGCAGCAGCAGUUUGUGGUUCCAGAUGUCGCAGCAGCAAGCCGUGGUCACACAGAGCCGUCAGAAAUAGCAGCCAUCAGGUUGGAGGAGUGUCCAGCAUCCACCAAGCAGCAACCUGGAAGCAGCUCCAGCACAAGACUGAGAAAGGAGAAGCAGCCAGGUGCACCCCCACCAUGGAGAGACUCUGACAGACGUCCCAAAGACACACUGCGCUUCAACUACCUGGACAAUCUGGACCCCAUCGAACAGGCGCUGAGAGCGCAGAUGGGAAACAACAGCGCCUCCACCUGCUGCACUGACACAUCAAAGGCGGAUGAUGGGAAAAAGAAAACACUCUCUGAGGCAAAUUAUAAACUACGCAAAGCCAAAUCGCUGAUGUUCCUCAGCUCCAGCAGCAGACCCCACAGUCUUCCUCAUGAUCAGACACAAACUCACCCCACAUGGACAUCGCACAGUAUCGCUGAUCACCCCGUCAUUGGGGAGUCUGCUGAGAGCUUUCUCCACUUAUCCCAGUGGAACGCCGGGAUCCGUCCGAAGCCAGCGAGGACGUCGGUGCCUCGGCUGAGUGUGGAAGCGCUCAGGGCGUUCCAGCGUUCACACAGGAGCGUUCCCAGUACACCCCUGUUUGAGGUUCAGCCCUGGACUGCAUCUGCAUCACAUUCGCAAGAGAAGAAGUAGAUCGCCCCCUCCUGGAGGAAAACAGAAGUACAGUCUGCAACCUCAAGACCUGGAGCUUCAGUCUUUCUGCACAUGCAGUGUGUAACCCUGACUAGAUGUAGACAGAUGGAUCAUUAGGAAAA